AUGGUGAAGGUACUCUUGACUGGAGGCAGUGGCUUCAUCGCCGCUCACAUUGUUGAUAUCCUGCUGCAGCAUGGCUUCGAUACUGUCGUCACAGUCCGCUCCGAGGAGAAGGGCAAGCGCAUUAUCGAUGCUCAUCCCGACACGCCCAAGGAGAAGCUGUCCUAUGUGGUUGUGAAAGAUGUUGCCAAAGAUGGUGCCUUCGACGAGGCGGUCAAAUCCAACCCUCCCUUUACCUAUGUCCUUCAUACGGCAAGCCCUUUCCAUUUUAAUGUUGCAGACCCGCGCAAAGACUUCCUGGACCCCGCAAUCAACGGAACCACGGGAAUCCUAAAAGCAAUCAAAGCAUACGCGCCCACCGUCAAGCGAGUGGUCAUCACUUCGUCCUUUGCGGCCAUUGUGAACCCGAAGAAUCAUCCCAAGGUCUACAGCGAAAAGGACUGGAAUCCGGUCACCUGGGAGGAGGCCAUGGACCAUUCCAAUGUCUACCGGGCUAGCAAGACCUUUGCCGAGAAAGCAGCCUGGGACUUUGUCGAGAAUGAGAAGCCCAAUUUCGAUAUUGCCACCAUCAACCCUCCCCUCGUGCUGGGACCUAUCGUUCAUUACCUCAACUCCCUCGAGGCCAUCAAUACGUCCAACCAGCGGAUUCGGGAUCUCAUCCAGGGCAAGAUGAAGGAGGGCCUCGCCCCGACGGGGACCUACCUGUGGGUGGAUGUCCGGGAUGUAGCACUUGCACACGUCCGAGCCAUCGAAGUGCCCGAGGCUGGCGGACAGAGAUUCUUUGUCGUGGCUGGCUAUUAUUCCAACAAGGUUCUGGCGGAUAAUAUCCGUGAGACACACCCGGAAUUGGAGUCGAAGCUGCCUCCCAAAGACUCCCCAGAUGACACUCCUUCCGGCAUCUAUGACAUUGACAAUUCGAGAUCCAAGGAGGUGCUGGGGCUGAAAUAUCGCUCGCUGAAGGAGACGGUCUCAGAGACGGUUACUUCAUUGCAGGCAGUGGGCGCUUAG